GCAGAGUAUCAGCAUUUCCAUCGGUAUAAAUACCUUCGAUUUGGUCCCAUUCAUCACACUCUCACUGAUUCGAGGUGAGCAACCAAAUCUCUGAGGCAAGGAUGCUGGCUAAAAUUCUUCUCCUCGCUCUGGUGGGGAUCAGUGCUGCCUAUCAGUACGAGUACCAAAGUGAGUUCUCCUACAACCGACCGGAGAACAAAACUGGCUGGGAGUAUGGCGCUUGGGAACCAAACCGUGAAUAUGUCUACAAUGUUACCUCAAUGACUAUGACCGCUUUGCACGAUCUGGACGAUCAGUGGACCGGACUGGUUUCGCGUGCUCAUCUGGUGAUGCGCCCGAAGGAUCCGGAAUACGUGGUUGUCUAUGUCAAGAAUCCCGAGUAUGCGGUCUUCAACGAUCGUCUACCGGCAGGAUACCGUACCGAGCUUCACGAGCUGGACCUCAAGUACAAGCCUCUGCCAAUGUCCUCCCGACCAUUCGGAGUUCGUUACCACAAGGGAGUUAUCAAGGGUCUGUAUGUUGAACAAACCGUACCAAACCACGAGGUCAACAUUCUAAAAUCCUGGGUCAGUCAGUUCCAACUGGAUACUCAUGGAACCAACGAGAUCGACUACAAGUAUAACCAAUUGCCGGAGAACAACUCGUUCACUGGUGUCUACAAGGUCAUGGAACCCGUCGUCACUGGUAAUUGUGAAAUGUUGUAUGAUGUCAAUGCUGUUCCAGAGUACCUAAUGCAAUCGUACAAGAAAUUCGCUCCCCAACCGCACUUCCGCGAGGAAGGACAAUAUUUCUUCGAAAUUGUGAAGACCCAGAACUUCGACAACUGCGAACAGCGCAUGGGAUACCAUUUCGGAUUCAGUGGCGAGAGCGACUUCAAGCCAAACACCAACCAGAUGGGCAAUGUUGCCUCCAAAUCCGUUGUGUCACGUCUGUUCCUGUCCGGUGAUUGGUACAACUACACCAUCCAGUCGUCCUCCACCAUCAAUAAGGUUGUUGUUGCUCCGACUUUGGUCGACAAACAGAAGGCUAUGGUUUAUUCUCAGGUCAAAAUAACUCUCAAUGACAUCUGCCCAUACGAUAAGGUUCCGGAAGGCCCAGCUGACGAUCGCCAAGUGUUUGUUGAUCUGGUCUACAGCUACAACCUUGCAAGCGACAAGAAAAACAGCGUUCGUCCAGGAAAUGAGACUGACUCUUCCUCGUCAUCGUCAAGCUCCUCCAGUUCAUCCGAAUCGGACUCGUCUUCCAGCUCUAGCUCUGAAUCGGAAGAGAACUACAAAAUCAGUCCAGUUGAAAGACACGCCAAAAAACUCGAAGAGGUAGAGAAACGCGGCAACCGAGCCCGCCGUGAUCUGGAUUCAUUAAAGGAGAAGAAAUACUACGAAGCUUACAAGAAGGACCAAUACCGACUGAAGCGCGAUAAUGACACCUCAUCCGACUCUAGCAGCUCUGAUGAUUCGUCGUCAUCUUCGUCCAGCUCUUCGGAAUCCGAUGAACACAACGAUUCUUCAUCGUCUUCUUCAUCGUCCUCUUCAUCGUCCUCUUCAUCGUCUUCUUCUUCAGAAUCUCUUGAAAGUGAUGAAGCUUACUACCAGCCAAUGCCAGAGAGCUUCAAGGAAUACCCACAAACUCCAUUCUUGCCAUACUUCACCGGAUACAAGGGAUACAGCUUCCAGUAUGCUCGCAAUGUCGAUGGCUCCAAGGUUAUCUACAAAUUGGUGCAGGAAAUCGCUGAUGAGUUGCAAGACCCAUCCAAACUACCGGAAUCGAACACCUUGAGCAAAUUCAACAUUCUAUCUCGCGUCAUUCGUACCAUGAACUACCAGGAAAUCUACGAUGCUGCCCAGCAAUUCUUCGUUUCUCAGAAGGAACGCAGAGAGGGAGACAACCACAGCGAGAAAUUCAGCAAACGUGUUGAUGCCUGGAACACUUUCCGUGAUGCGUUGGCUGAAGCCGGAACUCCACCAGCUUUCAAGGUCAUCAAGGAAUACAUCGAAGAGAAGAAACUGCGUGGCCCGGAAGCCGCUAGUGUUAUCGCUACUCUUCCAAAAUCGAUCCGUUUCCCUACCGAGUCGCUGAUGCACGAAUUUUUCCUGCUGGUGACCUCCGACACCGUUCAGCACCAGGAUAGCCUGAAUGUUACCGCACUGAUUUCGUUCACCAAAUUCGUCAAUCAAGCUCAUGUUAGCAACCGCUCAGCCGCUUAUUACUAUCCAGUGUACAGCUUUGGCCGUCUGGCUGAUUCUGACUACAAGAUUGUGGCCCACAAAAUUGUCCCAUGGCUCGCCCAUCAUUUGCGUGAAGCAGUUAACGAUGCCGACAGUCUCAAGAUCCAGGUCUACGUUCGUGCUCUUGGAAACCUCGGACAUCCGGAGAUUCUCAACGUUUUCGAACCUUAUCUGGAAGGCAAGAUCCAUGUCAGUGACUAUCAGCGUCUUGCUAUGGUCGUUGCUUUCGAUGAGCUGGUUGAAAACUAUCCUAAGUUGGCUCGUUCCGUCCUGUACAAACUGUAUCAAAACACUGGCGAUUUCCACCAAAUCCGAUGCGCUGCUGUUCAUUUGUUGAUGCGCACCCAGCCACCAGCAGAGAUGCUCUAUCGCAUGGCUGAGUUCACUCAUUUCGACCCAAGCAUGUACGUUAGUGCCGCUGUUAAGAGCUCUUUGGAAUACGCCGCAGAUGCUGAUGAAUUCGAAGACUUCUACGAAUUCGCCGAUGACGCUAAGGCCGCCGUCAAACUGCUGAGCCCACGAGUUUACAGUCUGCAAUACUCUUCCGCUUACAUCCGUGACUAUGCUAUGGAGAACCUGAAACUUUCCUAUCGUUUGCACCUUGCUCAAAUCGCUUCCGAUGAUCAUUACCUUCCAAGUGGAUUCUUCUACCACAUGCAUCACAACUUUGGUGGUCUGAGACGUUACACUUCAAUGUAUUAUCUGGUUUCAAGCAUGGAGACUUUCUUCGAUCUGUUGGACAAGCAGUACGAUUACUCGAGCCCCAAGGAAGAUGACUAUUCUGCCGAUUACUACUACAAGUAUUACAAACAGUUCCCGAACAAGAAGUUUGAAUACUUUGAUAAGUACUUUAAAUCUCACGGCCCACAAAGCGAUUAUUAUCAGAAAUACAGCAAGGGCCAACAAGAAAUUAGCGAGAAGGAACCACAGAAAUGGUCAACCACCCGCAUUGCUAAGCUAUUGAACAUUGACCCCAAGGAAGCCGAUGAAUUGGAAGGACAAAUCAUGACUAGACUGUUCAACGGAGAUUACUUCUUUGCCUUCGACAAUCAGACCAUUGAAAACAUACCCCGUCAAGUGAAAGAAUACUUUGAAGAUCUGGAAGACGGUAUGACGUUCAACAUGACCAAGUUCUAUCAGCAACAAGUCGUCACUUUGGCUUUCCCGCUGGCAUCUGGUCUUCCGUUUGUCUACACCCUGAAGACACCAACUGUUGUUAAGGUCGAAACUGAUGCUACUGUCAAGAGCUACCCGAGGUUCUACAAGCAACCUGCCGGACACCCAGAAACUGAGAAUGACGAUUUCUUCCACUGGCCACGUGUUCUUAACGGAUCGGUUGAUGUGAAUCUGGUCUAUCAUCGUUUGGUUGAUGCCAAGGUUGGUUUCGUAACUCCGUUCGAUCAUCAACGCUACAUUGCUGGUUACCAGCAGAAGGUUCAAGGAUACCUUCCAUUGAGCUUCGAUUUCGAUUUCGACUUUGAGAAGGACGAAUAUGAAUUUGAGUUUGAGCUUUUGGAACCCAAGGAAGACAAACUGUUGUUCCACUUGAGCUCAUGGCCAUACACUGGAUACAAGGACAUCACCGACGUUCGUCCGAUUGCCGAGAGCCCGAACGCAAGAAUUGUUCAUGACGAAGAAUACACUACCAAGACUUUCGCGUAUACCGUAGGAGAUAAAGUCACUGGUUUCGCUUUGAGACUGCAUGCAAAGUACGACUAUGAUUUCUUUAACUUCGGUUAUUUCUGGGACUUGAUGCAGGAACAUGACUUCAUGUCCGCCUUCGCUUAUCCCUUCACCGUUCAAACCUACCAUUAUCAUCAGUUCAACGUGUAUUACGAUGCCCAACGCACCUCUGCUAAGAGUAUGAAGUUUAUUGCUCACUACAAAGAAGGCGAUUUCGAUCAGGACUUCCAGGAUUCCGAUGUCAAGCACCCGAAGGGACGUCAUGCCUACUCUGGAUAUUACAACGAGAACAACUAUGCUCAACCCUUCGUUUUCACCGCUGGCAGUUCGCGUCGCCAGGAACAGUUCAUCAAGAAUGCCGCCGCUGGAAUCCGCAACAGCGAUGUUUCUGUUUUAGAUUUGGGAUUUACCUUCGAAGGCCAUCAACAAGAGAAGAGCGAAUUUGUCUUCACUUACGCCUAUGCUGAUAGCCCAGUUGAUGACAUGUCUCGCAUCUUGUUCUUCUUCUCGGGAAGUCCGUUCUACCAGACCAGCAGCUUCUUCGGAAUGCCCUACAAUGGAAAACAAUUCCAGAUGUGCAUCUCGGCUCAACAUGAGUUCCCGAAUGUACCAAAACUGAACUUCUUGCACGCUCUUGAGUUCGAUGCCGAUUCUUCGAUGCGUUACGAUUUCGCCUAUGGUGAGCGUUGCCAGGGAGGAGCCCAGAUUACGAUGAAGGGAAAACUGCACCAGUCGGAUGAAUACCGUCACUAUCUGCGCAUUUCGGAUGUUGGCAAGCAGUGCAAGGAUCAGAUGGAUCGUGGAUACUAUCAGCUCCGAGAAUGCCAGAACGCCACUGAACAGGCUAACUAUUUCGAUCAAUACCGUUUCAACUUUGAGCUCAAGGAUGUUGGCUCAUACGCUAAGAACAUGUCCUCUUAUGUUGCUGAUUACUUACAAUACUUUACCUUCCCGUACUUCACACCGAAUUACUUCUACAAGGGCAAGAACAAUCAGUUCCAGUUUGAAUUCGAGAUGGCUCCCUAUGGCGAUUACUUCAACGCUUCGUUCUACGCUCCGGAGUACGCUUUUGAGAUCGAGAACUCUCCUUUAGAAAAUGAUUAUGCUCGUUACUUCACUGCUGUGCAUCCCGAUAUGUCCUGGUAUGAACGUUUAGGCACAUACUCUUACCGAGGAAAUUACUAUCCUUCCUGCGCUGUUUCCAGCAAAUACGUUGAUACCUUCGAUGGCAGCACAUACUUCUACGAGAUGGGACAAUGCUGGCAUGUGCUGUUGCAUACCGUGAAGCCCGACUACGAGUAUUACGCUCAACAGUCGCACUUCCAGAAUGCUGAUGACCAAUACCGUUUCAAGAAUGGAUUCUAUGAAGAUGAACAGGUUACCAUCUUGGGACGCACUGGUAACAAGAACGAGUUGUACUUCAAGGUUAUUCUUGGUCAGUACGAGCAGAAUGACUACAACAUCGAUAUCAUCCCGAACGGAGCUGAGUUACCAUUGGUCUACAUCAAUGGAAAACCCCAACAGAUUCAUGAGAAAUACGCUGUUGAACUGUACACUAAUGAUCACCAUGAUCAGCCUCUGUUCCGUUGCUACGCUCUGCCUGGAAAGGAGUUGGAGAUUAGCAUCCGUGAUGAUGACUUCAAGAUAGUCUUCGAUGGUUACCGUGCUCGCAUCUUUGCUGAUCAAUCGUACUACGACAACUUCGUCGGUCUGUGCGGAACCAACAACGGUGAAUAUUAUGAUGACUUUGUUUCGCCUAAUCAGUGCUACAUGAACAAGCUAGAAUACUUUGCUGCUUCGUACGCCAUCACUGGCCAGAACUGCUCAGGACCAGCAAUGGCUUUCAACAUUGCCUAUGAACAGGAAUCGAAGGAACAAUGUUACAAGCAGGAGUACUAUUAUGGCAAUAUCAUCAGUGAACACGAGGCAGGACGCAAACGUUAUAAUAACUACAACCACUACAUCAAUGAGGAUAGCUCUUCAUCGUCCUCAUCGUCCUCAUCGUCCUCAUCCUCAUCAUCCUCUUCUUCCUCUUCGUCAUCUUCGGAGUCUGAUUCAAGCUCGGACUCCAGUUCAUCGGAAGAAGGCAAGGAAUACAAUCCCCGCGAUCAAUCCCACACCACCAAGGAAUGUGAAGUUCAACAUCAGCAUCAGUUUAUCGAACAAGGAGACAAGAUCUGCUUCACCUUACGUCCAUUGCCGACUUGCACUUCCAAGUGCGUAGCCUCAGAGAAGUUCGCCAAAUACGUCGAUGUCCACUGCCGUGAUGCUAGCGAUAGUGCCGCUCAACUGUUCAAGAAGCAGAUCCUCCGCGGUGUCAACAUCGAUAUGAGCGCCAAGACUGUCUCGAAGACUGUCAAGUUCAACUUCCCCAAGACCUGUGUGCACACUGCCGGGUAUGCCUACAGUAGCUGAACUUCUGGUAACGAAAAAAUGGCUUUAUGAAAAUGGACUUUAUUGCUUAUAAAUAAUUUGUGCAUCAGAAAAUGGAAUGAUUUUCCAGCAAAAAAAAGUGACAAAUAAACGGUUGUCGAAAUGUUUUGAAAUGAA